AUGAGUCAUCGGUUGAACAUAGCCAAGAAUGCGUGUGCAGCGGCGAGGGCCCAACUGGCCGGCCUGAAGAAGCCAUUGUCGCCACCAGUGAGCGGCGAUGAAGAGGAAGUGGUGCCACCUGUAAAGGCUAAUGAUACUGUGGGGCAGUCAAGAAGAAGAAACAAGAAGAAGAAACAGAAGGAGCACGUGCUUUUGCCGGCAUUUUUGCCAAAUUUAAAGAAACUAAUUGUGCCAAAGGUCAGCGAUGAUAUGGUUGUAAUGGUCACCCUGGUACCACCAAUGUAUGUUCAUGAUGAGGCGGCGGCCAGACGCUUGGUGGACCAGCCACGUCCUAGCUUCGAAAUACCGGGCGGCCUUUUCCCGCCAAAUGCACCGCUUCACAAGAUUACAUUUAUGCCAAUCGAGUUGCUACCAACGGGAUUCCAUGCAGGCGGCGUCUUCAGUCCUGGGGCGCUGCCCCGCAAAUUGUAUCCCGUUGGUAUGCUUGCGCAACAGGAGAAGGGGCCGACGCCGCCCAUCUUUGUGGGCCAUCGGUGCAGCUGCGCGUCCGCUUCGCAUACCCUGGAACCGCAACUUAAUAGUCCGCCGCAUGGAGUCAAAAUGAAGAGCGACCAUAUGUGGCUAAUGCAGCAGCAAUUGCAGAUGCAUCUGCAUCAACAUUAUCGACUGCGUGAGCAGCAGGAGCUGCAGAUGCGACAGCAAAGGCAGCAAGAGCUGCAAAUGCAACAGCAGGAGCAGCAUCAGGAGAAUCAGCAGCAGUUGCCAAAGACGGCUAACAAGCAGGUCCAAGUGGGGCACCACCAAUUGUUUCCGAACCAUGUUAACAAGGAGGUGCAUGUAUUUAAGCAGCCGUUGGCGAAGAUGCCCAACAAGAAGCCACCGGCUACACAUCAACAACCAACAGAGCAACAGCUUAGCCAACUACCGCGUCGAGUUUUCAAACGGGAGGAUUGCGGGCCAGCCAUGGCUAUGUCUCUGCCAAUUACAGCUGAAAUGCUGCCUGGAUUUAUCGGCACGUUGCCACCAACUCAAAACAACAUCUAUACACCCGAUCUGCGUGCGGUCGCCAUAAGCGUUAGGAACAUGUAUCCAUUGGCCUAUGUUUCAUUGUCGACAGUGAUGCAUCCGCACAAGCCAUACGUUGCCUAUGAGAUGAUGGGCGAAUUGGUGCCGAAUUUUGAGCUGCCCACCGAUAUGUUCCCCCCCUCGGCCAUUCUUAAGAAACCCGUUUUUCUACCGGUGCGGUAUUUGCCCAAAGGAUUCGACGCUGGCUGUGUCUUUGCUCCCAACUCCUUACUAGAGUAUAUCUAUAUAGACGUUCUGCAUCUGUUGGACUCGAUGCCGCAGCGUGAUACCCAAAUCAUACCGCCCGUAUUCCUGGGUCGCUGGCAACCCAUGAAUCCACCAGUGGCUUUUGGCGAUCUACCUGCUGAUGAUGAUGUCUUAAAUGUUGCUGUCGCGCAUCUUCAUAUUGCUGUUGCGGCCUCUUCUUUGAUGCCAACAACGCCACCGCCGCUGCCCCCUCCACCACCGCCACCCACGACACCUCCGCCAGCAUCUUGCGUUUGCGACAAGAGCUCAACAAUAUUACCAUCGAUGGCAGUCGUCGGGGCGAGACCUUCAGCCGUAGUCUGUGAGCAGCCACCGGCAGAGGCGACAAUACGUCAAGAGCAGCCAAAAGGAGCAGUCGGCGUGGCGGAGCCACCAUCAACGGAUAUCAAGCGCAAACACUACUUCACCGUAGAGGGCAAGAAGGAAGACGUUGACCAGGCUAUAGACGCAAUACGAAGGGCGGGCAUUGAGGUGGUUCUUUCGGAGGAUAUCGGCAUCGAUCUGGACAAGGUUGUCCACCAGUUUCGCGAUUUGAUGGCACGUCGCGAUGAGAUUCGUGCCAACAUGGCCAUUCCGCGCAUGGAGCGGUGUGCAGAGGAGAGCAUGCGCCUGCGCCAGCCGAAUGUACCUCGUCGCAAUCCCUGCUCUCACUGCGGUCAAUUCCAUUAAAUUGUCUCCAACUCCUCAAUUACAAACACACAGAAUCAAUCAUAAUUUAUAAAAACCAUUGUGUAAAACACAAUUCCUAUUCAAUCAUUCGAUAUGAUCACUCAUGCAUGGGAAGGCAAUCGUAAAGAUUAACCACUGAAUUCAAAAAAACUUACAUGUAAAACGCAAGAUCAUUAAACAAUAGUCAUUUAUAUGUAAAUACAAUAGAAUCUAUCGCUCAUAAAGAUCAUAUGUACAUAAGUAAGUUAUCGGCAUCAAUCAAUCAUACCGAUCAACCCUUAAAACCACGAAAAGUACAAUUAAAAAGCUAAAAGCAAUCACUCCAUCGCAUGUAAAGAAGAGAAUCAAUCAUUUGUACAGUUCAAGCAAUCAUAUCCUAUAUGUAUACUAAAAAAAAAACGUGUAAAACAUAGAAUCAAUCACUCGUUCAACCAUCAAACACGAAACAAAUAUGCAAGAAACAAAAUAAAUAAGCUAUCGAAUUU